AUGUUUCCAGAAACGGUGAGCCCUUCAAGAAAAGACUGGAGCAAGCGGUUAGAUAAUACCUUGUGGGCUUAUCAGACUGCUUACAAGACUCCAAUUGAAAGGAAACUCCAACUGCAAGUGUUGGAAGAGCUUCUACUGGAGUCAUACGACGCCGCUAUGUGGUAUAAGGAGAAAACCAAGCUAUGGCAUGACAAGUACUUGCGGGUGAAAGAGCUGCAGGUCGGACAAAAGGCGCUCCUAUUCCAGUCGAGACUCAAAUUGAUGCCUGGGAAGUUGAAAUCGAAGUCGAUAAGGCCAUACACCAUCGUCGCCCUUAGAGCGAAUGGAGCAGUGGAGUUUCAGGGAAGUGACCCAAGCUCUCCUUAUUUUCUGGUUAAUGGUCACCGUGUGAAACCUUUUAGGGACAACUCAAAGAUAUGCUCAGUGGAAGAAAUUUCACUCCGCAUACCCGGUAUUUUUGCCUAA